CGGUGUCACUUUGUCGAAUUUCGCUCCGGGAAGAUCCCCACGACUUGAAGCUGUCUGUUUAUUCCAGGAUACGCGUCCGACAGCUGUCAAGCGCGUCGAGAGAACGCCUGUCAAGAUCCAUGUAUAUCGGGGAUCCCUGCUAUACCACAGAAGCCGUCAGCGACCCAAGACGUCACGGCAUCCAUCUGUACAGCCUCGAGGACAAGAGCUCGACACCAUGCUGCACGAGGUCCUCCUAGCUUUGUCGGGACAUCCGUCUCCCCUGUUCUCAAGCAACGAUGCCAGCCAUGGAAGCGAGGACUUCCCUCUACUGUCGCCCUCGGAAAAGGCUCUCCUGGCAUCAAUUGGUCGACUAUCAGAGCUCCAUCGCAAGCUCAAGCGCCAUCUCGAAGCCAUCGCAGCGAAGCACUCCUCGAUAGUAUGUCGAGCAGUGGCCACCUCUGUCAAACAGUCACAUCUCUCCCGCUUCCAACAAAAGAUUGUCGAUGUCGAGAGCAAGAUUCUCAAGCGAGAUGCAAGCAUGGUGGGAGCUUACCAUAUCGUACCUCUGGCGAGUGUGGUUGGGGAGUUUGACGAUUGGCAUCGGAGGAUGAACUGGUAUUGGGAUGUCGCGAGCUUCAUGUCGCCGUCUCUGGACUCCGGACGAAAAGGAAAGGAUAUGACAACUUCGUCGUGCACGAGCGCUGCUAUCAUAGACAAACUACGAGCGGAGUGCCAGACCGGAUAUCCAGAGAUCGAGGAAGCCGCAACAGAGCUCACACGUGUGGCUGAGACCGCCUGGCUGCGGCAAUUAUCUGGCUGGAUCGUGUACGGCAAAUUGCCAAUACACGGAGCACAAGACUUCUUCGUCCGAGUUGAAGAGUCUAGCGAAGGCAAGACCUUCACCAAGAACAACGACUUGCUUCCCAGCUUUGUGGCACCCAGAACUGCAAGUUCUCUCAUGUUCAUCGGAAAGUCAUUGCAUCAAGUCGAACAUCACCGCAAGACCAAUUCUGCAGCCUCUGUGAAGACUGAUCACCUCUCCAAUGUGGCAUCCGCGCAUUUGAAAAUACUGUCGCAGAUCAGUCUUCCUAUCACGGCAUCACAAUUUUCUCGGACAGUCUCUGAAGUCCGCCUGUCACUGUCUAGAAGCGUGCUUCAGCACCUUUUACCGAUGAACGUAACCCUUCAAGUGCUGAAGUGUUUGCGGCAAUUCUUCCUCCUGGACCACGGAGACUUUGCCAUGGCGCUCAUUACUGAAGCAGAGGAUCGCCUUCAGGCCAGGCAGCAGAGCAUGGGUCGGCUUCUCCAGCAGGAUCCGACUCGAGCAAUGCAAAGUCUCACCAUCAAAGACGCCGAGCUCAGCCAGGCUCUCACUCGCGUGUGGAAAUCGUUAGCGAUUGAAGGCGAUGAUAUGGACGACGACCUUUUGGACUACGCGCAGAGACAUGUGACACUCUCAUCUGCGAAGCAAAUCACAUCACGUCCGUCAACAGCGGACAGCUCUUCUCCAGCAGUCCCAUCUCUGUCACCAAUAACAUUCAACGAUCUGCUCUUCCCAACGCCCAGCGAGUUGAGUCUGAAAGUUAUACCACCACUCGACCUCUUCCUCUCAGCGCGAGAUGUCGGCACGUACUCCAGCAUCAGUUCCUAUAUCCUCGCUAUCCGACGAGGCCACCACCGCCUCAGCGAUCUCUGGCGCCGCACACCAGCGCGAAGAGAUCAUCCCAUAUCCUCAGCACAAGAUCCCGAAGCACGAAUCCGCAACAAACAACGGGCCAUCAAGAUGCGCAAAGUCUGGGCAACCUGUAGCGCCGCCAUCUUCCUCCUCUCCGAGACCGCCGCCUACUUCGAAGGCGAGAUCAUCCGCGGAUCAUGCGAUCACUUCCAGCAGUGGGUUGAGAAGCCCACCGAUACAGCAGCUUCACCCUCUACUGCCAACGACAACUCAACAAACGCUGCGCAUCUGAAUAUGAACGCCCAACGCGACCCAGAAACACUAGCCACAGCCCACCGCUCCUUCCUCGCAGGCUUGACGUACUCCCUCCUGCUCACGGACAUAGCCUAUACCUCCGCACUCCGCACUCUACUCUCCCACAUCGACGCUCUAGUCGCUUUCUUCACGCACCUCCUUUCCCUGCAACAAAACCUCGAUGCGCAGAUCGAAGCGACGGGGCACGAGUCUGCCUACACGUUGGAAGAAGAGAAAACGGCAGCUUUAGAGCUCGACCGCGCAAGGAAGAGGGUGGACUCGGGCAUGAGGGAUGUUGUAGGAAGACUUCGGGGGCUGGAUCAGGAGAGGAUUGGAAGUGGAAGGUAUUUGGACCUUGGUGUGCCGAGCGCGGAUGGGUACGAAGGGUGGAAGGGUGGCGGGGUGGAUCGAUUGUUGAUGAAGUUGGAAUUCGGGACGGUGGUGAAUUCCGAGGAGGAGAAGUUACUGGACGUGUGA